AAGGUACUUACAAUUGGAGCGAAAUCUGCUUUGUCGCCGGUGACGAUAAAAUUGAGCUGCUGCGGGUUGCCAUAGCCAUCGCGAAUGCAGACGGCAUUACGGUCUUGCAGCUUCUUCCGCAAAGCAGCCGCAUUGAAUCCCGUGAUUCAGGCAGCAACUACGACUUCCCUCCUCAGCGGCUGGUCGAGAUGCUGUUCCGCUGACGCCAGCGGCCCGAGGCAUAGAUGGUCUCGCGUCGUUGCUGCGCGGCCCAGGCGCUUCAACUGGCACUUGCACUACUUACAUUCCGACACCGGAAUUGAAACCGCUACUAUGAGGCUCUUUCGUGGGACAACACCACCGACAUUUAUUUGCUGACAGAAUUUAAGUUUCUGGCCGACGGAUACGGAUGCUUGAGGCGACUGAAAUUCGCAACGUUGAUGCUAACCACCAACUCGAUCGGAGAUUGGCGAACCUCGGCCUAGACUUUGCUGUGCUGGAUUUAGUG